AUGUGGUAUCUUACUCCCACAGAGGCAAAAUUGCUAAGAAGAGGUCUUGAGCCACAUCCUGAUCUCAGGCUGCAUGAUGGUGUAGCUGACUCUAAAAUAACUGCAAUCACAGAGUUAGACCAGCGUAACGACAGCAUUGAUGCAGUCAGAAUCAACGGCUACGAGCCCCGCUCCAUAGGUGGGGAAACUGAGGCACAAAGUGAACCUGACCUGCUUCAAACUCACACAGUAACUCAGCUGAACUUCUAUGAGUGCAGAAGCUGGAUCUCUUGGCUUGCGUGCGACCGUUCAACCGCCAGCCACUUGGCAACAGCUGACGAAGCAGGAAAGCUACCACAAAUGUUUGCCAGGCUACUCACGGCAAAAAAGGAUCGGGAAGCAGCAGUGCAGCAGACCAGUAAGCCAGCAUCUGAGAUACAAGCAGUGAGGCAAAAGCCCCUGAGAGUGCAGAAGAGCUUAUUUGUAACCGACUGGGAACUUUACAAUUAUACAAAUUAUAAACGACAAAAGUCUCCCCAACAGCUAGCAAAAACGCAGCCAUAUAACCACGAGCUUGUUCCUUUUCAGUUCUUAUUGAGUGAUGUUGCUAGGACAAUCAACCGUUUCAAUAACAUACCGCUGGUAUCUGAAAAAGGAGAGAGAAAAGAAGGAUUACUAGUUUGCUGCUAUUUAAGUCGAAGAUUAAAUCAGCUCUCAAGUCAUGAUCCGUUGUGGAAAAGACACUGCAAGAAAUACUGGCUUAUUUCAGAAGAGGAAAAAAGUCAACGAAAUCAGAGCUGGAAAGCCAUCUUCAUCAGUACCUACUCUGACCUAGGAAGAUACAUCCGAUACUAUGCUACGUUGAAAAAAGCCUGGGAUGACCUAGAGAAAUACUUAGGACAGCGGUGUCCUCGGAUGAUUGGCUCUUUGAAAGAGAGUGUGCGGGAGGAAGAUCUAGAUGCUGUGGAAGCACAAAUAGGUUGCAAACUCCCUGAUGACUAUCGAUGUUCAUUUCGUAUUCAUAAUGGACAGAAGCUAGUUGUUCCUGGUUUGAUGGGAAGCAUGGCACUGUCGAACCACUACCGCUCUGAAGACUUGUUGGAUAUCGACACAGCGGCUGGAGGUUUUCAGCAGAGGCUAGGUCUGAAACAAUGCCUUCCUCUUACUUUUUGCAUUCAUACUGGCCUGAGUCAAUACAUGGCCCUGGAGAGUGUGGAGGGACGAAAUAAAUACGAGAUCUUCUAUCAAUGUCCAGACCAAAUGGCUCGCAAUCCAUCUGCUAUUGAUAUGUUCAUUACAGGUACAUCUUACUUGGAAUGGUUUACAUCCUAUGUAAACAAAGUUGUAACUGGUGGUUAUCCUAUCAUCAGAGACCAGAUUUUCAGGUAUGUGCAUGAUAAAGAAUGUGUUGCUACCACAGGAGAUAUUACUGUUUCUGUAUCCACAUCUUUUCUACCUGAACUCAGUUCUGUGCAUCCACCUCAUUAUUUCUUCACUUACAGAAUCAGAAUUGAAAUGUCCAAAGAUGCUCUUCCUGAGAAGGCUUGUCAGCUGGACAGUCGAUACUGGAGAAUAACAAAUGCCAAAGGUGAUGUAGAAGAAGUUCAGGGUCCUGGAGUAGUUGGGGAGUUUCCAAUUAUCAGUCCAGGGAGAGUCUAUGAAUAUACCAGCUGUACUACAUUUUCCACAACAUCUGGAUAUAUGGAGGGGUAUUACACCUUCCAUUGCCUUUACUACAAGGACAAAUUCUUUAAUGUCACAAUUCCCAGAUUUCAUAUGGUGUGUCCAACGUUCAAGGUGUCUACGGCACGAAUGGAAACAAAUCAUAAUGAAUAUGUAGUGGAUGAAGAUGAAGAUUCCACAGACACUGACGAAUAUGAAGAUCGACGCAGAGUGUUGGACAUUCCUGCACCUUCUGGACGCUGCCCACGUCACACCUGAUGGGAUUUUUUUCAAAACAACAAAAAAAACUGUUUUCAGAAGCUGAACUCUUUGGGGCUAGUGCAUAAGAAUAUUUCUGACUAUUGUAAAUGAACUUCCUGUUGCACAUCAGGGCAACUAGCAUGAAUGUUGGUGCCAGUUCUAAUAUUCAUCAGAGUAUAACUUUUGGGGUUUUUUUCCUGGUUUGGAAGUGGAAAGGGGGCUGGGAGGGGGGACUGGAGGGGAGGGAGGGAGAGAAAGGUGCUUGGGCUUUGUGCCCUUUUUUUCUGAAGUGCAAAACAGCUUGAUAGUCCGAGGUAAUCAUAUCUUAGAUUUUUAAACUUUUGCCUAUUUAUGAUCAUAUUGCAAAUAUGGUGUGGGGAUUUGUUUUUAUACAAGCAUUUAAAAUUAGCAAUAGACAGGAUGGCAAAGAAAGGUGUAUACUAUCGUCUUUUCUCAUGAGUUUCCACUCUUGGUAACUCCUGCUAAGAAUGAAAAUUGCCAUUUGGUCUGCGUGUCCCACUUGGGUGAGAUCAGGUGCUCUUAUGGUCUUUUUUUUUUUUUUUUUUUUUUUUUUUUUUUUUUUAAUAUUAUUAACAUAGAAGCACCAGAAAAUUCUGGUCAUCAGAUGCAUAAAUUAGGACUGAAACUGGCCUUAUUUUUAGACAAUCUGUCUUUCAGCUUAAUUUCAUGUUAAGUGACUCUGAUUGGAUGAUGCCUUUUGGAAUGUAGUGUACGUGCAUAAUCUGCCACUUGGUAACCAAGAAAUUUCUCAAUGACUACGAAGUAUGAAUUUGUGAAUAUGUUUUGAGGGUUUUUUCUUUAUAUGAUGUUUGCUGUUCAGACUUUGUCAUAGGUGACAAAUUUAUGUUAAAAUACCAUGUUUCCCUAAAUCCUCUAUGGAUUUUUGUAACUACACCUGAAUAAAAAAAUAAAAG